UUCUCCUACCUCAUUCAUCGGUGCAGCAAACAACUCAAACUGCUCACGGUAUUCGGUUACAGUUCCUGUUUGUUUCAACGCCACCAAGGACUCAAAAGCAGAACCCUUAUAGGAGGGUCGAAAUCGUUCAAUUAGUGCGUUUUUAAACGUUCCCCAAUUUGGAAACGGAGCUCUUGAAUCAAUCCACUAGAACCAAUUGAGAGCCACUCCCUCCAUGCACACCGCCGCUGAAUCCAUCUUCUCAGCCUCGGAAAUCUUGUUGAUGUUGAAUACCGUUCGGCUCGGAAAGUCCAUCCAUAUGGGUCUUCACCAUUGAACACAGAACUGAGAACUUUAAUGGAAAAAUGAAGAAGAACAGAAUGAAGAAAAUGAAAAGAAGAGAUAACUCUAGCACUUCGAGGAGCUAGGAACCUCCCAAUACAACUUUGUGAAUAAUCCCAUACCCUGUACAUCUUUCGUAACCUUUUUAUACCCAAUUAUCUUAACAAACUUAGUCUACUAGUCUGUAGGCCUAACAAACUAAUCUGCUAAUCUGGUGCCACGUAUAUAUAUUUCUUUUUAAGCAACUCCCAUGUGGCCUUCUAAUCCACUUUAUUCUUCCUCACGUACACCUUGCUGCUAGGCUGUGUAAUUCCCUUGAUGCCCUCCUCUGAACCUCCUGGAAUGUUUAGUUUCCUAUCAAAAUAUUGUAGGAUCCUGACAAAAAGAAGUUUGGUGAAGAAUUGUUAUCCUACACUGAUACACUCAACAGGGAUGUGUAUACUUCAUUCAUAGGAGACCCUGUAAAACAAGUUGGUCCCACUUUCGAUUACUUGGAAAAUGCUCCUAAUAAAUUUUAUGAUGGCCCAUUCUUCCUUGGUCAGUUUUGAUGAUGGCCUAUUCUUCCUUGGUCAGUUUAGUUUGGCAAUAGUCACAAUUGCGGAUGAAGAUGGAAAUUAUUUACUGGAAGCAUGGGAGCAUAUUUUGACACGUGUGUCCAGUUUUGAGCACAAUGUUCAGGUGUGCUGGGAGAAAUUUGCAAGGCACUUUGAGGUGGAGCUGAAGGAGGUGAAGCUAAGAGAUGGAUACUAUGUAAUGGACCCUCAAAAAGCAGUUGAAAUGGUAGAUGAGAACACUAUUUGUGUUGCUGCUAUUCUUGGUUCCACUCUCAAUGGAGAAUUUGAAGAUGUUAAGCUUUUGAAUGAUCUCUUGACUGAGAAGAACAAACAAACUGGACGGGACACUCCAAUCCAUGUUGAUGCUGCAAGCGGUGGGUUUAUUGCUCCAUUCCUUUACCCGGAGCUUUGAGUGGGAUUUCCCGUUGCCUUUGGUGAAGAGCAUUAAUGUGAGUAG